AUGAAUUUGAAGGCUCAGAAUGGAGAAAGGCUAAGCCAUGGGAAUGGGGAUGGGAAGGGAACGGGAAACAAACCAACGUAUACGUUUGAAAUCAUAGUAUCGGACCCACAGAAACAUGCCAGUGGUCCAAAUUCGUCUACUUCAUACGUUACGUAUCAAAUAUCCACAAGAACAAAUAAUCCAUCAUAUCAUAAGCGUAAGGGAGAUUCUGCUACUGAAAUUAUUGUCGUUCAUAGACGGUACAGUGAUCUGGUUUUGCUUCAUGAUAUACUUAUGAACGAUCAUCCAACAUGCAUAAUACCACCUUUGCCAGAUAAAAAAGUUUUACAGUACAUUGCUGGUGACAGGUUUAGUCAAAGAUUUACACAAAAAAGAUGCCAUAGUUUACAAAACUUUCUAAGAAGGGUUUCAUUACACCCCAUACUUUCCAAGUCCAAGAUAUUGGAAACAUUUCUUAUUGAUGCUGAUUGGGACGCAUAUAGGAAGAGUCUUUCAGGAAAUAUACAGACAAAUAAGGAAGAAGUCACAGAUGCGUUCAUGAAUGCCUUUAAGACUGUUCAUAAACAAAGUGAGGAAUUCGUUGAGAUAAAAGAGAAAAGUGAUAAGUUGGACCAUACACUAUCCAAACUAGAUAAGAACUUCCACAAGAUGACAAAGAAAAAUGAAUCCAUCUCAGAGGAUUAUGGGAAAUUAGAACAAACGUUACAGGAUUUAAAUGAACUGAUUUCUGGAGAUAAUGAACCAUUGGGUAGGAAACUAAAAUUUUUCAACGAGGGAAUAACUCAAUUGUCAUAUGGAUUAAAUGAUCUAAACAAAUAUAUUGAUUACGAAUAUAUUGUAGAUAUUAAGGAUUUGGAACAUUACAUUGGUAGUAUGAAUCAAUCUCUUAAAUUAAAGGAUCAGAAGCAAAUCGAUUUUGAAGAACUAAGGGAAUAUCUGGACAAAUCAAUAAAGGAAAAAACACAACUGACUUCAGGAUAUGGUGGUGGCAAUUUUUUCACAAAUAAACUGGAAGAAUUUACAGGGGCAAAUCAAGAGGCUAAUCGUCGUCAAAAGAUUGAGAAAUUAGAAAAUAAAAUUGAAUCAUUGACAUUGGAGUCUGAAGAUGCCAAGAAAGUUGCCGACGCAUUUGAACAAGAAACUCUAAAAGAAGUGACAUUAUUUGAAAACGUUAAAACAACGGAAUUAAAGAAUUCAUUAGGCAAUCUUGCCGACCAUCAUAUUGAAUUUUAUGAAAAGAUGGUGGAAACGUGGACCAAAAUUGACAAUGGACUACGUCAAUCGUAG